GAAUCAGUCGCCAAGCAUGCAGCCUUGGGUCUGGAGGAGGAUGUAAAGAGGAACACAAAGAACACUGAGGCAGCCAUCUCAGAUAUGAAAGCUCAGCUACUGGUACUUACGGAAGCCGUGACUAGAGUUGAGACCAUGGUUUAUGAGAAUCAGAAAGCUUGCCAGACUAUUCCUGCAGCGAUUGCCAAGGAUUUGAGUCAGAGCAUUUCAAGUCCUAAGGACAAAAUGCAAGGAGCCCCAGCAGAAGGGUACACGUUAACUGGUGGUGCUGCCGCACCUGUGAAGGAGUUCGAUCCCGGAUCCUUUUCGGUUGCUGGGCCAACUGAUUCCGACCCUGCCAAGGCAUUUCCGGGCAAGGAUAAUGAAGUGUGUGAUGAUGAUCCCUUGGUGGACAAUGCGAAAGUGGAGUCCGACGAAGAACGGCGGAAACGAAAACCGAAAGCAAAACCAAAAUCAGUGCUGAAAAGCCUACAGCACACUGAGUUGGAACAGCUGAAGGCCAUCCCUCCAACCGGAACCCAUGCAUAUGAUGACGAACUGUUGUCAAGAGAGGCGGAAACAUGCAAGGAGUCCAAGGGGCGAAGAGAGUGGAAGUUCACUGGAGGACACCCAGACGCAGUGCCCCAACGCCAGCCAACAAGAGCUACGCGUGCUCGACUUCACAAAGCGGGUCUUCUUUCCUCCCUGCCAGAUGGGGUUCUUGGCAUUCUGUCCCAGGCUCCUGAUCAGCAUAUGCCAAAGAAACCCAACCUGUUGCAACAGCCUGGACGGCCACUCUCUCCUCAGGAACCAUUGCAAGAGAGGCCUAAGAUCAGCAUGAAGUGCGAGGCUGAGGAUCCCCUCUGCAUAAACGAGGUUGUCAUCCAGUUGUUGGCAUACAACCCCUCACGAACUCUUUAUGAGACCUUCGCGGGCAAAAACCAGGCAGCACCCGGUCCACCACGAGGUCGCCCAGUCCCUCAAUAUUUGUACUUCACCUUCCAGGUGCUUGAUACUGUAGCAGCAGAUCCAUUUGGACCCUCCUAUGUGCUUGCUGUACCCCCUCAUAUCAGGACCUAUCCGGUCUUCCAUGCCUCAAAACUUCUGCCUUUCACUCCUGCUGAUGCAUUUCCUGAUAGGCCACCGCAGUUUGGACCUCCUAUCCCUGGAAAGGGAUAUGAAGUUGAGAGCAUAGAGGAUCAGUGGGGCACAGGCCCCAACUGCGAAUAUCUUGUGGAGUUCUACUUCCAACCUCACACAGAGGACCGUUGGUUUACAAGGAAGGAACUUCUCAAGUCUGCAAAUUCAGUCGUGCGGUUCUACAAGGCUGAACAGAAAGAGCAAUUGCUCAGACGGUCUCCUCAUGGACACUCCUAGCUCAGGGUCCUCGCCUCCCGGGAGGGUAGGAAUGAAAUGAAUUGCAGUUGCUCAC